GGCUCAGCGGCUCCGCGGCCGCCCCCCGCCCGCCGAGCAGCGGCGCGCGGCCCGGCGGGCGCCGCAGGGCGGCGCCCGCUCCCCGGGGAGCCAUGGAGCCCCCCGUGUCGCCCUCGUACCCCCGCGAGGCGGCACCUCCAAGGCCUCGCCGAGGGCAGGCAAGCUGGUCGCGAAGAAGGGCAAGGGCAGCCCAGAGGGCAUCUUUGCGGAUCGAGCCGGAGGGGUGCACGGCACAACUGAGCGCAGAGGCCGCUGCAAUCCGAUGCUCAUUGCCAACGACGAGGGCCUCAGAGCGGGAAUCGAGGAGCUGGACGCCGACAUCGACGACAGGAUUCACGAGCGCAAGGAUCGACAUGCUGAACAAGCUGCAGGCCGAGUUCCACACCUUCAUGCACAGAAAGAAGGAGAAGGUCGUGCAGGAGAGAUAGAGGAGUUCGCGCAAGAGCAGCUGCUUGGGGACCCCUCCCCUGACACCAAUCGCGAGAAGGUUCUGGACGACCUAGUCAAAAACAUGGAGCCAGAUCCGGUACCGGCUCGUCGACGUUGGCUUAACGUGGGGCAAAGCUUGCUCCAGCAUUGGCCGCGGCGGUGCAGCUGAGUUGGA